AUGAAGGAGACCGCGUCGCCGGGCCCGACAGCAACGCUCCCCGACCGUCCGAUCCUCAAAUUCGACGACAGCGACGACAGCCCACUUGACGACCUGAGCUCGACACCAUCGGACGGCGAGGAGUCGUUGUCGGGCGCCCCGGAAACGCCGGCACCUGCGAAGACGGACACGCGCCUCCACGCCGCCCCCGCCACCAACGGCGGACGCAAGCCAAAGCCCAUCUCGCCGCCAUGGAAGAAGAUUGGGGCCGAGGGCGUGACCUCCUUUAAGGAGGGCGGCCGCCGCAAGUCGGGCCGCAUCAACACGGUGCCGCUGGAGCUGCAGUCCGGUGACAAGCGUAUCACGCGCCGUGCCGUGCAGUCCCACCAAACAAGCCCUCCAGCCAGACGAGCCGCAUCGUCUUCCGCCAACGGACACGCGACAAGACACGCUGCGUCCUCGUCCUCCCAGAAUUCUGCAUCGCCUUCGGGGACUGCGGCAGCAUCUCGACGCCCCUCUACUACGACACGUGCCUCCGCCGCCGCUUCCGCACGAUCACACCCAUCACAACAAACACCGUCCUCCGCCCCGUCUCGACCGCCGUCCUCCCGCCGCGCUGCUGAGCCCCGAACGUCCUCCCGGAGCGCACGACGCUCUUCUCCCACGCCGAAUGCACGGCGUGCACCGGCCGCCGCCGGCACACGCACACAGCCCUCGCGGUCGAGCCGACAGGCCCGGCCACAGCGCGACGCCGCGGCCCUCGAGAUGCCCACACGCACGACGCCCCGCAUCCGUCUCCGAACACGGACCCUCACCAUCCCCAUUGUGCACCCCGACCAGACCAAGAUGCGGCCGCGUCUUGCGCCGACCCUUCCUGAAUACUUUGCCACAGCGGACGCCAUCCCCGUCGAAGACGGCGGCCAGUUCGCCUCCGAAGACGAUCCCCGCAUGACCGACGAGAUGGCCGCCAGCGAGGCGGCCAUCAUUGCGCGCAUCGAGCGCGAGACGGAAGCGGGCGGCAUCCUCACGGAGCCGCGCUGCGUCGCGUUUGAGCCCGAGGCUGCCGAGGAGCCGCCGCGCCAGUGGGCGCACAACGACCACAUGGUCAAGGCCGUCGCCAACUUCCGCCGUCUCCUGAGCCUCGAGCAGCAGCGCCACCGUGCGGUGGCCAAGCGCCUCGCGGAGGCCUGCCGCGACGAGUGGGUGCGGCGGCAGCCCAAGUCGGCCGAGCAGAUCGAGGCAGAGGCGCGGGCCAUGUGGCUGGGGCGGUACCGCAUUGUCAUGAAGGCCCUGUUUGGCACGUGGGAGAAUGUCCGCCUCGAGAUCAACCGGCGCCGCGUGCGCGAGUGGGAGGCCGAGGAGCAGCGGCGCGUCAAGGCGGCGCUGCAAGAGGCCGUCGCCCUGUCCGAGCAGAAGCUGCAGGCGCGGCGCACCCAGCACGACUCGGAGGCCCUGUCCGACGACGACGAUAUGCUGGACGACGACCUUGACGCCCUCGGAUCGCUCUCUGAACUGGGCGACGCGGACGGCUCUGCCUCUGGCUCCGACGACGAGGAUGACGAAGACGAAGACGAUGAGAGCAAUAUGUCGUCAUCGGACGACGACGAGGGUGACGAGGACCAAAAACCCGGAGCAGACGCGAAAGGAAAGGACGACGCAAAUGUCUCCGACGAGGGCCUCACACAGGAACAGUUGCGACAAAAGUACGCCAAUCUGCCCGACCUCGACGCAUCCGACGAACCGGCAAAAGUCGACGCCGGCACCGCCCAUGCUUCCAUACACGACGACGAAACCAGCGACGAGUCUGUUGACAUGGACGACGAUCUUGGCUCCUCCGAGAUGGACAGCGACGACGACGACGACGACGACGGCGGCGAUGAGAGCGACGGCGCCAGCGGUUCCGACGGUGACAACGAGACCGAGUCCGAUGAGGACGAGCAGGCAGGUGGGCUGUUGGGCAUGCUGUUUGGCAAGUCGGAGCUGCAGAAGCUCAAGGCCGAGCCGACGACCGUCAAAGAAGAGGAGGUCGACGUGCCUCGGAUGCCAGAAGCGCCGGAGCGCAAAGACGACGACACCACUGCGACUCUCACCAACGGCGACACACAUGCCACAGAGGACACCCAUCCUGUUGUUGCCCCGCUGUACGAGGCCGUUGACGAGUUUGCCGACGACGACGACGACGAUGUCGCCAUGGUGGACAUGCCGUCGUCGGACGACGAAGCGCCGGCGGUCGCCAGCAAGGUAGACUCUGAAACGGUGGACACUGUAGAGCCUGCGGUGUCUGAACCUGUACCUGUACCUGCACCUGAACCUGCACCUGCACCUGCACCCGCACCGGCCGAUACGGAACCUGCCGCCGCCGCCAGCCCCGAGACUGACGCCGUGACAACGGCUGUCAGCUUCGAGCGCAGCCAAUCGCCACGUACGCUCGACACGAAGCCGUCGGAUCUUGACACGCCCAUGUCCACAGAUGCCGACGCGGUCGCGGACGCGACGGUGGACGCAGAAGCUAGCAAAACGCCCGAGGAGGAUGUUGUCAAGGAUGCUGUCGAGGAUAUGGACAUGGACAUGGCCGAUGCCGACUCCGACGCCGACGCCGACGCCGACGCGCCCCCUUUGAAUAGCAAAGAAUCAGCCGUCAGCCGAAGCGUGUCCCUCGCACCGACGGCCUCUGGCGCGGCACCCAAGACCGAAAUCCCUUUCCUUUUGCGCGGCAACCUGCGCGAAUACCAGCACUACGGCCUCGACUGGCUCGCCGGCCUCUACGCCAACCGCACCAACGGCAUCCUCGCCGACGAAAUGGGCCUCGGCAAGACGAUCCAGACCAUUGCGUUGCUCGCCCACCUGGCCUGCCACCACGAAGUGUGGGGCCCGCACCUCGUGAUUGUCCCCACGAGUGUCAUCCUCAACUGGGAGAUGGAGUUCAAAAAGUGGUGCCCGGCCUUCAAGAUCCUCACGUACUACGGCUCGCAAGACGAACGCAAGCGCAAGCGCAUCGGCUGGAACAACAACGACAUCUGGAACGUGUGCAUCACGUCGUACCAAAUCGUCGUGCAGGACCAGCAGGUCUUCAAGCGCCGUCGCUGGCACUACAUGAUCCUGGACGAAGCCCACAACAUCAAGAACUUCAAGUCGCAGCGCUGGCAGUCUCUGCUGGGAUUCAACACGCAGGCGCGCCUCCUGCUCACGGGCACGCCUCUCCAGAACAACCUGACGGAGCUCUGGUCGCUGCUCUUCUUCUUGAUGCCGCCCGAGAACGGCAUGGGCGGCUUCGCCGAUCUGUCCGAGUUCCACGACUGGUUCCACAAGCCCGAGUCGCAGAUUCUCGAGAGCGGCCGCGAAGAAAUGGACGAGGAAGCACGCGCCAUCAUCGCCAAGCUGCACAAGGUGCUGCGGCCCUAUCUGCUGCGGCGUCUCAAGGCGGACGUCGAGAAGCAAAUGCCGGCCAAGUACGAGCACGUCGAGCUGUGCCGCCUGUCCAAGCGCCAGCGCGAGCUGUACGACGGGUUCCUGGCCCGCAGCGACACGCGCGCCUCCCUCGCCUCGGGCAACUACCUGUCCAUUAUCAACUGUCUGAUGCAGCUGCGCAAGGUGUGCAACCACCCCGACCUGUUUGUCGACCGGCCCAUCAUGACGUCCUUCCGCAUGCAGCGCUCGAUCCCUGCCUCCUACGAGACGACCACGGAGCAGGUGGUGCGCCGCGCGUAUGUGCCGCCCCGCGACACCGCCCAGCACCUGCUGGCACGGGUCAGCCUGCAGUUUCUCAACCUGGUGCCGACGCUGCACGAGACCAGCCUCUCGGGCGGCACGGCCGCCCGCAUCCACCAGCUGGCCGCGAACCGCGUGCUGGCGGACCUCAAGGAGGCCCAGCGCGCACGCCUGCCGCAGCCGUACCCAGCCCUCGACGGCGCGACCGUGCAGUCGAACCUUGCCUACCUCGAAAACGCCGUCCGCUGGCGCCGCUACGAGGAGCUGCAGCACGGGGCCUACGUCAACGCGCUCCGGCGCCAGCAGCGGCCCGUGUAUGGCCAGUCUCUCCUGGACAUGCUGACGCUCGACGUGCAGAGCCGGCCCUUCCGGCCGCGCCCGCGCGUCCCGGCACAGAUCAUGGCGUGGUUCGAAAACGACUCGUUCCUGCUCCACAAUCUGGUGCAGCCGCUCGAGCGCCGGUCCUCCGCCAUGGAGAUGCUCAUCACCAAGUUUGCCUGCGUCACGCCGGCCGUCGUCACCUGCGACAUGAACGGCGUGCUCCUCGGGCGCCGCGGCGCCGCGGCCUUUGCCGAGCACGACCUCGUGCUCUCGGCGCCCGUCAAGCGCCUGCCGUUCAUGGAGCGCCAGCCGCCGCGGGACCCCUGGCACGAGGCCCGCAUGCGCCUGACGAUCCAGUUCCCGGACAAGCGGCUCCUGCAGUACGACUGCGGCAAGCUGCAGGCGCUCGACCGGCUGCUGCGGCGCCUGCAGGCCGGCGGCCACCGCGCGCUCAUCUUUACGCAGAUGACCAAGGUGCUCGACAUUCUGGAGCAGUUCCUCAACAUCCACGGCCACAAGUACCUGCGGCUGGACGGCGCCACGCGCAUCGAGCAGCGCCAGAUCCUGACGGACCGCUUCAACCACGACAACCGCAUCCUGUGCUUUAUCUUGUCGACGCGCUCGGGCGGCCUGGGCAUCAACCUGACGGGCGCCGACACCGUCAUCUUUUACGACCAGGACUGGAACCCGGCCAUGGACAAGCAGUGCCAGGACCGCUGCCACCGCAUCGGCCAGACGCGCGACGUGCACAUCUACCGGCUCAUCAGCGAGCACACGAUCGAGGCCAACAUUUUGCGCAAGGCCUCCCAGAAACAGAUGCUCGACGACGUCGUCAUCCAAGAGGGCGAGUUCACCACCGACUACUUCAACAAGAUGUCCGUCAAGGACAUGGCCGGCGACGUGGUGGAGCACGCCCUGGAGGACGGCACGACGCUCGUGGCCCAAAACGAGACCACGGACGGCAUCAUCGGGCGGUUCCACGAGAGCAACGCGGCGGCCAAUGCGGCCAUGGACCGCGUGCUGGGCGGUGUCAACAACGACGCGAGUGCGGGUGCGGGUGCGGGUGCGGGUGUGGGUGCGGGUGCCAUGCCGGGCCGCGUGCUGGAGCAGGCCGAGGACACCGAAGACGUGGCGGCCGCACGGCUGGCCGAGAAGGAGAUUCUGCAAGACGACGCCGACUUCUCCGAGAAACCAGCCGGCGCGGCCGGCGCGGCCGGCGCAGGCACAGCGACCGCGACCGCGACCGCUGGUACGCCCGUGCCUACGUCGGGCAUCUCCAGCGCCCGCCAGGCGACACCCGCGGGUCUCGGUCUCGGCGGCCCGCUGUUCGAUCCCAUCACGGGUGCCAAGAUCGUGGCGCCGCCACCCGCGCCCGUCGAAAACAAUGCCUGGGGCGGCGUCAUGCACACCGUGGACGACUACAUGCUAGGGUGGAUGAGCGUGAUGCUCGAGGGCACGGCGCUGGAGCUGCCCAAAGACCGCAAGAAGAGCAAGAAGAAGCGGGGCAAAGACACGCGCAAGCGGUAG